AUGUCGUUCCACGACGAGAACCACUUUGGCAACGUAGGCAACGGUAUAACCGUCGACCAUGAGAAAGAACACCUCGAACACAUGGAGCAGGACCCAAAGCUCUUUGGGCCUGGCUACUCGGCUCACGAAUCCAACAUACGCUACUUGCUCGUUACCCCCGAGAUGGUAGACGCCAUGAGGCAAGGGCGUGCCCCCAACACCCACCUUCUGUCCCCCUCUGUGGGCAAGGUGGAGCUAUUCAACGGGGACCUACCUUCGCCCGACGCCAUGCACGACAAGUUUGCCAUCCAACAUGUUGAGCACCACGGGACCCACGACAGUGACAUUGACACUGCGUCCGUUGAUCCCCCUUCACCCGUGCCAUACCUGGUCAACCCUCUUUCGCGCUUCCGUCACCAAUACAAGGAAUACUUGGGCGAGUUUAUUGGCACCAUGGUCCUUAUCAUCUUUGGCAAUGGUGUAAACUGCCAGGUCGUACUCAGCAACCUCACCCAGGGAUCCUACCUCUCCAUCUCGUUUGGCUGGGGUAUUGGUGUCAUGUUUGGCGUUUACGCCUGCGGUGGUGUCUCUGGUGCACACAUCAACCCUGCCGUCACCAUCACUCUGGCCCUGUUUAGAGGUUUCCCGUGGCGCAAGGUUCCAGGCUACGCUCUCGCUCAAAUCCUCGGCGCCUGUGUCGGCAGCGCGCUCAUCCAAGGCAACUACCACGCCCUCCUCAACCAGUUCGAGGGUGGGUACAACUUGCGCACUUAUGGCCUCGACACCUCCACUGGUGCCCUCUUCUUCACUGCCGCCAAGCCCUACAUGUCGAACAUUGGCGCUUUCUGUUCCGAGCUUUUUGCCACGGCUGUUCUCCUCGCACUCAUUUUCGCCAUCGGCGACCAGAACAACAACCCCGUGCCAUCAGUUGUGGUAAAGCUGACUCCUGAACAGACGGCCUACUGCCUCAACCCCGCCCGUGACCUGGGACCUCGUAUUGCCUGUGCCAUGUUCGGGUACCCCAAAGAGAUCUGGACGACCCGCCACUGCUACUGGAUCUACGUGCCCAUCAUUGCCACCAUCUGCGGUGGUAUCUUGGGCGGAUUCGUCUACGACGCGUUCAUCUUCCAGGGCAAGGAAAGCCCCCUCAACAAACCGUGGGGUAGGUCGAAGAAGCAGAUUGAAGGGGGAGGCAACAUAGAUGCUGCGCACAACGCCUAG